AUGCGUUUGCGAUGGUCAGCUUGUGCCCUGCUGUGCGCCCUUGCGGAGGAGUUUCGUGAGGCGGUGGAAGAGGACGCCCUGUCCGUCUCGCGCCUGGCGUCCCUCUUUGGGCAGCUGGACGGCGACGGCGACGGCCAGGCGUCGCCACUGGAGCUGCUGAGGGCCGCGGAGGCAGUGCGCCUGGGCCUGGCGACGAAGGAUGUGGAGGUGGCGCUGGAGGAGAUGGACCGCAACCGCGAUGGCUGGGUGACCUUUGAGGAACUCCACGAGGGCGAGGUGGAACCCAUCGAUGACGACGAUCGGAGAGACAUGGAGAAGCGCCGCACGGAAGAUCUGCAGCUCUUCAAGGCCGCGGACGUGGAUGCAGACGGGCGCCUGACGCCUGCGGAGUUACGCGCGGUGCUGUACCCGGAGACGCAGCAGGAGUUGUUGCGACUGGUGGCGGAACAUGCGUUGAAGAGAAAGGACCUGGAUGGGGACGGUCAACUCACGUUGUCCGAGUUCUGGGAGGGCGACGUAGCGCCCAACGAGGAACCACAGGAGGAGGGCGCCACCUUCCGGCGUUUGGACCGCGACCAGAACGGUCAUUUGAAUGUGGAGGAACUGAUGGACUGGGAAUCUGGCGCCCAUCACACGCAGGUGGCCUUCGAGGAGCUGCUGCGCAUGUGCGACGACAACGGAGAUGGGCAGUUGAGCCUGGAAGAGCUGACAGGACAUCAUCAGCAGUUGUCCAAUACCGACGCUGCUUAUCACUUCUUGGAAUGGGCCGAGCAUUACGUCCGCAAGGAGCGCCGCAAGGAUCUGAAAAACUUCGAUGAGUCGCACGAGACCAUCGCGGUCUAUGCCUUGAUUAACAUCGAGUGGGAAGACCUGCGCUGGUGGGAUGCGAGCUAUCAGAGGGUGGAGAAAGCUUGCAAGAAUCGAACGGGCGGUUGUUCUGAGUAUGACUAUGAGAAGGGCGAAGAAUGGGCAGCAGAGGCGGUCCUCUCCGCGGUUUUCGGGCAGACGGCCGCCUCCUUCUUUGAGUCCACAAAUGGCUUCGGCAGCAGCUUGAGCUUCGUCAUGGCCGGCAAUGUUUGGACCCCCAUUCCCCAGCAUUUGCUGCUGAAGACCACGGACAACCCGCUCGGGAAGACGGAAUUCGAUCCGUUAAUCCGCAUCGUUGAUGCCAAGAACGGAAUCAUGGAAGCAACUUGGGUUGAUCGCGCUGAAACGGAGUUCGAUGUGACCUUGGAAUAUGAGUAUUUUCCUUUCGACAACCAGCUGCUGGACUUGUGUUUGCCCUUCGACUACUUUGCGGAUCCGACCUUUCGGACCUGGAAGGGCGUAGACACCCGCGCCGGAACGCCACUGGAGCUGGAGAACGUCUCUGUGCGCUGGAACUUUGCCAGCCGGUUGUCGGAGCUCGCCUCACAGCGCUUCGUCACCGAGUUGGAGCGCAAAGGAUUUGAGGUCACCAGCAUUCAGUCCAUCAAGCACGACGAUUCUGCCAUUGGCAGCUCCAUUUGUCUGGAGAUUACGGUGGUGCGACGCAUCACCAUUCUGAUCCUGCGAUUUUUCUUCCCAUUGUUUUCUCUUCUCUUCAUUCCUUUCGCAGGUCUUCUUCAUUCCCAUUGA